UGUUACAUGGCAGAUUGGACUUGGAGCUUUGACAAGGCGGGCCACUCUCAAUGCAGCCAGGACAACACAUACAUCCAAGGGUUUGAAAAAAGCUCAAGGCUUAGCGGAAGUAGCGACGGGCUCGGCCUGAUAGAUCACGCGCGGUGCUGCUAUCCUCCGUCACCAUGGCAACGGUCACGCACUCAAACGGUUUUCAGUGAUUGGAGAAUCCCUUUAGACAGCAACAACCAAUGGGUUUCCUGCCACGAUGGAUACUUCCUUCAAGGUUUUUACAGAAGUGGCUCGUCCCCUGGCCUGCUUCAUAACAUAGAAGAUGGUAGGUGCACCAAGCCUGCGGACCACCCUAAUGAUUACGGGGGGUGCUACGAUGAGGAUAUUUCUAAAUGUUUCGAUCAGGCAGGUCUCUGUAAGUGCCAGGAUGGCUACUUUGUAAUCGGACUACACCGAGGAGACUGCGACAACUUAUAUUGUCUGGAGACCCUGAGAUGUUGCAAGAUGGCUGAAAGGCCUGAAGCUCUGGAUGAGCUCUCUAAGGUCAAGUCACGUGUCAUGGACACAACGAUGGCAGACAUUGCUUACGUGGCGCAUUACCUUGGUUACGGCUGGUGUGCAGGAUGUAGAGCUCUCUACGUUGGGGAAGAUUUCAGACGCGAUGGUGACUCGUGGUGGGCUGACCAGAGUCGAGAUUGCGAUGGGUACAAGCAUCAGCAACGCCUCGUCAUGGCUUACAAUGAUUGGGGAUUCGCACUAAAGGACGUAAAAUAUGGCGAACCUGUCACAGCGGCAUUGAAGCCAGAGACUAUAGACUCGGGAACACUUCAUAACAACGAUGCUACCAAAGCUGAAAAAAGUAUCGAAAGGUCUGACACGAGGGUGAGAAGUGUGACACACACAACGACGAGCUCUUGGAAGGACAGCCAUGAGUUGGGGCUGACGAUCAGCUAUCAACCAUAUGAAUCCCUCAAUUUCACAGGCUCCUACUUAUUUAAAUACGAGAGGUCAGCACGCACAACAGACGAGAAGAGACAACAGCAAUCACGAACGUGGACCACUAGAACAAAGAAAACUCUGCAACCUUACACAGCUGUCAAGUGGCGUGUCAUCAUGUUCCAGACACGCACUACUGUGCGCUACACGGCUACUGUACAAAUGAAAUUUUCUGCCGAACUUCGUGGUUUUUUGAGAUGGGGUGGAGGUUUCAACGGUCCAAAUACUAACUAUCAUUAUGUGCAUCGGGGAAGCGGCGACCGUCCAACGUUCAACUACAAGUUCGGGAACAGAUCGGUACCAUUCUACACAGCACUCAAACGAGAGGCCGAGUCCAACAACAGACCGUGGCUUUGGAACGAUGUGAAACUCUCCCAUCCCGAUGCUAGAAAUCGCAUUAACAUCUUAACAAAUGAAAGUCAUUAUGAAUUCAAGCUGACUGGGAUCUUUGAAGAUGUCAUUGGCAAAAAUGUUGCCAUCGAAUGGGUCACGAUCCCGCUCAAC